AUGUUAUAUGUUAUGACAUGUUCUACACUGCAUCAGCACUUCGCAACAAGUACUGCCUUAAGCUGUAGCACAUCCUGUUUAUGUAUCUUCUCAAACCAGUCAGCAUAUACACUUACACUCGAGAGCUCCGCCGCCGUCACUACUGCUCACUCCGACGCCGCCGCACGUGAUUCCGGUCCAUCUCGUGACGAUCCCGUCGUUGUUCCCGUGAGAAGAAGCUGUCGAGACAUCGUGCCGUCACGUCGUCUUCUCGACUCUGCCGCCACCAAUCUCCGUCACCGAUCUCCUGCUCCGACUCAUCGUCACCGUUGA